CGACGCUCUCCGACGGCACAAGAUAAUUUGACUCGGCAACCACGCUUGGGAUUCGUCCUGCCCCAGUUCCUCAUGCCGUGCCUGUCUCAAUCUAAUGGGGUAGGGUCGUACCGACCAGCAGAACUCCGCUUCUGCUGAGCUCACGCCAUUGUGCGAGCCCGCAGCACCGCCGACAUAAAUGUCUCGCUCCCUCCUCCCCCGGCACUGAGUCCCUCUCGUGCUGUUCUGUCUGCUGUGUUCUCUGGAUCCUCAAUCCUACACAGGCAGCUCACGAUGCGUUCCUUCUCCGCUGUCGCUGCUGCGGCACUGGCUCUCACCUGGGCGUCUCUUGCCCAGGCCGCUCGCCCUCGCCUUGUGCCCAAGCCCGUCUCUCGCCCGGCGUCCAGCAAAUCUGCUGCCACUACGGGCGAGGCCUACUUUGAGCAGCUGUUGGACCAUCACAAUCCGGACAAGGGAACCUUUUCGCAGCGCUACUGGUGGAGCACCGAGUACUGGGGUGGUCCUGGUUCGCCGGUGGUCCUGUUCACCCCUGGUGAGGUCUCUGCCGAUGGCUACGAGGGCUACCUCACCAAUGAGACCCUCACCGGUGUCUAUGCGCAGGAGAUCCAGGGUGCUGUUAUUCUCAUUGAGCACCGCUACUGGGGUGACUCCUCGCCCUACGACGUCCUCAAUGCCGAGACCCUGCAGUAUCUCACCCUUGACCAGGCUGUCCUGGAUCUGACCUACUUUGCCGAGACGGUGAAGUUGCAAUUCGACACCAGCACCCGCAGCAACGCACAGAAUGCUCCUUGGGUUAUGGUUGGUGGCUCGUACAGUGGUGCUCUGACUGCCUGGACUGAGUCUGUCGCUCCUGGAACUUUCUGGGCCUACCAUGCUACUAGUGCCCCUGUGGAGGCUAUCUAUGACUUCUGGCAAUACUUCUACCCCAUCCAGCAAGGCAUGGCGCAGAACUGCAGCAAGGACGUCUCCCUGGUCGCUGAAUACGUCGAUAAGGUUGGCAAGACUGGUACCACUGAGGAGCAACAGAAACUCAAGGAAUUGUUCGGUCUGGGUGCUCUCGAGCACUACGAUGACUUUGCAGCUGUCCUCCCUAACGGCCCGUACCUCUGGCAAGACAAUGACUUUGCCACUGGAUACUCGGAAUUCUUCCAGUUCUGUGACGCUGUUGAGGGCGUCGAGGCUGGCGCCGCAGUCACCCCUGGACCCGAGGGAGUCGGUCUCGAAAAGGCUCUCGCAAACUAUGCUAACUGGUUCAACUCGACCAUCCUGCCUGACUACUGCGCCAGCUACGGCUACUGGACCGACGAAUGGAGCGUCGCCUGCUUCGACAGCUACAACGCCUCCAGUCCCAUCUUCACCGAUACCUCGGUCGGCAAUGCCGUCGACCGGCAAUGGGAGUGGUUCCUGUGCAACGAGCCUUUCUUCUACUGGCAGGACGGUGCCCCGGAGAACGUGAGCACCAUCGUGCCCCGUCUCGUCAACGCCGAAUACUGGCAACGUCAAUGCCCGCUAUACUUCCCCGAAACCAACGGAUACACGUACGGCAGCGCGAAGGGCAAGACCGCCGCCACGGUCAAUGACUGGACCGGUGGAUGGUUCCAGACCCACAACACCACCAGAUUGAUCUGGACCAACGGGUGCGUUAUAUUCCCUUUCUCUCAUGUCCUUGAUUUCGAGCAUAGAUGGAAGACGUUCUCACCUAUUCGAUGCAGACAAUACGACCCCUGGAGAGACUCCGGGGUCUCGUCGACCUUCCGUCCCGGUGGCCAGCUGGUGAGCACGGCCAACGAGCCCGUGCAGAUCAUCCCCGGUGGAUUCCACUGCUCGGAUCUGUACAUGGCGGAUUACUACGCGAACGAGGGAGUGCGCAAGGUGGUAGACAACGAAGUGGCGCAGAUCAAGAAAUGGGUGGCGGACUACUACGCAUGAACGGACGUCCGUGCAUGAUGACGAUCGACGAAGAUGACUAUAUGUAUAUAAGGUAGAUACAAGCAUGUUCUGUGAAGAGGAUGAGAAAAUACGCACAUAUGAGAUGAAACCUUCCAUCUCAAGUCCCAAUGAACUCAAUAUCAAUAAAAACGA